AUGUCAAUCGAUCCUGCCCUUCCUGUUGCAUCUUUUGCAUGGGAUAUCUUGAAGCGGGUAGUUGUUCCUGUCAAGCGCCAAUUCGGAUACGUGAUCUCCUCCAAGAGCUACGCCCAGGACCUUCAGAAGGAAGUUGGGAAGCUUGCGUACGAGGCUGAGAUGGUCCACAAUGCCGUCGAAGUGGCUAGAAACAAUUGCCGGAAUGUCUACAGUCAUGUCACGGGGUGGCAGGCAAAGGUUGAGAAGGCCUUGAAGGAGGCGGGAGAGCUGUUGGAAGAGUUUGAAAAAGCGAGUAAGAGUUGCUGCUACGGGACUCUUCCCGACCCCAAUUGUCGCUAUCAGUUCAGCAGGAAGGCCAAGGAUAAGAUCGAGCUCCUUCAGCGACUCGCUCGAGAAUGCAGUGAAUUCAGGGACAUCUCCUUCAUUGAUCCUGCUCCGGGGAAUGUCACUGCGGCCUCCGCUCCUUCUGCCAAGGACGAUGGCGUCUUCGAAUCCAGAGCUUCGAUCCAACGUGAAAUCAUGGCCGCUCUUGCUGAUAACCGCAACAGCGUGGUUGGGGUUCAUGGGAUGGGCGGGACCGGCAAGUCCACCCUUUUGGAAGAGGUUGAAAGAAGAAUAAGGGAAGAGAGGUCGUUCGAUCUGGUCGCUAAGGCCGACGUGUCGGAAAAUCCAGACAUCAAGAGGAUUCAAGAAGAGAUCGCGUACGGGUUGGGCCUUAGUGACAUAAAGAAGGAAGAGAAUGUCAGCUUGCGAGCGAAGCUUCUGCGUGAGAGGCUAGAAGAUGAGGAGAGGACGAAACAAGAAAAUGAUGAGGGGAAGAAGAAGAAGAAGAAGGUGCUCAUAAUACUGGACAACCUGUGGAAAAGGCUUGACUUGAAAUCAGUGGGCAUUCCUUGCGGACACGACAACAAAGUCAUAGGAUGCAAGUUGCUGUUGACUUCAAGAUUCCAAGAUGUUUUGAGUAGGGAUAUGGGCUGCGACAGGGACUUCCUCCUCGAUGCGCUGAAGGAGGAAGAGGCAAAAAGACUGUUUGAGAGGACGGUGGGCGACAAAGUUCAUCACGAUCCAUUCAAAUCCUUGGUGGAUGAAGCACUCAACAAAUGUGCAGGUUUGCCUUUCCUAAUUAUUGCAAUGGCGAAUGUUUUUAGAGACGCGGAUUUUCGCGAAUGGAAGGAUGUUUUGAGACAAAUCGAGAUGUCUACAAACAGAGGACUCAGUGAGAGGAUAAACGAGAUGUUGCAGUUGAGCUAUAGUCGUUUCAAAGGGGAGGAUGGCAAGGAGGUGAAGUCAUUGUUACGCCUAUGUGUUGUUUAUGGUGUCUCUAAGCCCUCUCUUGAAAACUUGGUGAGGUAUAGCGUGGGUUCGAGGUUAUUUCGAGAAGAUAGCAGCAUGGAAGAAGUGAGAGACAGGUUGAGCUCACUGAUCCAAACCCUGAAAGCCUCUUCCUUUUUGUUAGCAGACGAGAAAGAUGCUGAUGUUUUCAAGAUACACGACUUGGUUCGUGGAUUCGUUGCCUCGGUAGCUUCAAGAGAUGACCCUCUUCUGGUGUUGAAAAAUCAUGAUAAGUCAGUGAUAGAGUUGCCGAAGGACAAGCUCAAAAGUUGCACAUCGUUAUGCUUUCCCUACGUCGACAUGGAGGAGCUUCCUGAAGAGUUAGAUUGCCCUGAAAUGCGGAUCUUUUUGUUGUUCACAAACAAUGGAUCUCUUAAGGUCCCAAGCUCAUGUUUCAACUCUAUGAGAAAACUCAUGGUCUUACAUCUUUCUCGGGUGCGGCUCACUCGUUCACCUUCGCCAUUCCAAUUCUUGGAGAACUUACACACUCUGUGCCUAAAUGAUUGUUCGUUAGAGGAUGUAGCCAUGAUCAGCGAGCUAAAACGGCUAUGUGUUCUCAGCUUUGCCAACUCGAAAAUUCAACAAUUGCCAAAAGAAAUUGGACAAUUGGUGGAGCUGCGGUUGUUAGACUUAAACCAUUGCUCAAAACUUGAGAUAAUUGAACCGGGUGUGCUUGGGAGCUUGAUGAAAUUGGAGGAGCUGUAUAUGGAGAAUAGUUUUGAUCGUUGGAAUGCCGUGGAGCAAACUCCACCCACUAAUGCCGGUCUUAUUGAGUUGAAUAACUUGAAGAAUCUCUGCACUUUGCAUGUGUCCAUUCUCGAUCCGAGUGUGCUCCCGCAGGAUCUAAACGUCGAGAAACUAACCAAGUACCAAAUCCGGAUAGGUGAUGUGCCACGUUGGCAGAGUCACAAUGUGUCGAGCACAUUGGAGUUGUCGAGCACAUUGGAGCUUCGAUUGGAUCCAAUGAGCGAUAUUCUUCGGAAAGGAUGCAUACAGACUUUAUUAGGCAAAACUGACGGUCUCUUUUUAGACGGAUUAAAUGGAAUUGAGCAAAGUAUUUGCGCGUUAUCGCAGAAAGGCUUUCCGAAAUUAAAGCACCUACAGGUCGAGAAUAGUCCUUCCGUCCAUCACGUCCUCCAAUUACCAUCACAUACAGAGUUUCGGAUGUUGGAGUUAUUACUUUUCCAUAACCUCAUCAACUUGGAAAAGAUAUGCAACAACCACAUCUCCUCCAAUUCCUUCAGUGCAUUAAAGGUAGUACGAGUUGAAAACUGCGACAAGAUGGAAGUUUUGUUUCCUCUUUCAUUAUUGAGAGAACUUCCACAGCUUGAAGAGAUCCAAGUUGUCAACUGCCACUUAAUGCGAGAGAUUGUAGAAGUGGAUGAUUGUGGAAAACUUGAGUUGCGGAAUUUGCAUGUCUUGAACUUGUGUGAUCUGCCAAAUAUGAAGAACUUUUGCACCGCAGGGAUGGCCCCUUCAAGUUGUACAUCAAACGACCAUGUUGGCACUCAAGUUGCAUUCUUCAAUGGGCAACAGGUUGCGUUUCCUAGCUUGGAGACACUACGCAUCUGGUGUAUGAAUAGUAUUGAUAUAAUAUGGGACAAUCAAGUUGCUACGGAGUCUUUCCGCAAACUAAAGUCACUCAGCAUUUAUGGAUGCGACAAGCUUGGAUUAUCAAAGCUAAAGCGUGUAUGGGACAAGGAACUUCACAGUCAAGUCAAAUUCCAGUGUCUCCGUUCCGUUACCGUUUCCGAAUGCGAGAGCCUCACCUCUCUGUUUCCAGCCUCAGUAGCUAGGGAUCUAACGCAACUUGAGGAGUUGAAGAUCGAUGAAUGUGGUGGCAUUGUGGAACUCAUCGAGAAGGACGGACUAGAUCCUAGGGAUCUAAGCGACAUUGUGGAAGCCAAAGAAGGCCCAAGGCACGAGCUAAAAGCAAUACCACCAUUUUCCAGAUUUUUUCAACAUCUCAAGACUCUAGAUGUGUCAUUUUGUGAUGGGUUAUCAAAGAUGUUCACACCAACAAUAGCUGGAAAUUUGGUGGAACUCACGAAAUUGAGGAUAAGUAAAUGCAAAAUGUUGACAGAAGUCAUUUGUGACGAUGGAGGUGAGGAGGGGCUUGUGGUGGUUUUCAAUCAAUUGAAGUAUAUGGAGCUUGAUGGGUUGAUGGGGUUGAGAUGUUUCAGCUCAAGUAAAUACGCUUUAAUGUUUCCACUCGUGGAAGAUGUCAUUGUGACUGGAUGUCCUAGCAUGAAGUUCUUCUCCGAGGGACCAAUAAAUACGCCAAAGUUGGAGAGAGUACAAGUCUCAACAGAAGCGUGGUUUUGGGAGGAAAACCUCAACAUCACCAUCCAAAAUAUGUUUAAAGAAAUGGCUACGGUUGCCGGAGUAAAGUUUAUGCAACUGUCUGAGUUUCCUGAGCUAAUUGAAAAAUGGCACGGCGAACUUAUUCCCAUCAAGCCCUCUUGGCAAUUAGAGUCACUCGUAGUGGAUAAAUGUCCAUCAUUUACUAACGCUAUUCCAUUCAGAUUGAUACCUGUUUUAAACGAAGUGCAAAGAUUGCAAGUGUGCGAUUGCGAGUUGCUAGAAGAAGUAUUCAAUCUUGAAGGGCUGGAGGGCGUGCGAAGCACUCGGGUGCUACCUAGUUUACGAUUUCUAGAUUUGGUCAAUCUACCAAAGUUGUGGCGACUAUGGAACAACCAUCUUCAAGGGAUGCUGCGCUUCAAUAUGAUAUUUAGUCUCAUCCUUUAUAAAUGCAGCAACUUGAGACAUGCUUUCACUCCAUUGAUGGCUCGGUGUUUUGCCAAUCUAUGGGUGAUGGAAAUAAAGGAGUGUGGUCAAAUGGAAGGAGUGAUCGCAGAGGAAGAAGGGCAAGGAAGCGCAGUAGAGAAGAUUACAUUCCCGUAUCUUUAUCGGAUGAAGCUGGAAUGUUUGCCCAAUAUGACUAGUUUUCUCUCGGGGAAGAAUCAUCGGCUGGAAUGCCCUAGUUUAGAAGAGUUGACCAUCGCAAACUGUCCCAAGAUGAGAAGUUUAACUUGGCAACCUUUGAUGGAGAUCGACCACCGCACUCCUUCACUUUUUACUCCGGAGGUACAAUUUCCUAAGCUUAAGUCGAUGUUUCUCACUCAUAUGGAAAAUUUAAGCAAAAUAUGGAUGGAUAGUCCUCGAGAUACUCUCACUUUUGAACAUUUACGGGAAGUGAAGGUUGAGAAUUGUAAGAGCCUUGAAAAUCUGUUUCCGCAUUGGGUGGCUACAAGUCUAAACCAAUUGAAGAAACUUCGAGUGGAGUUUUGUGCAAUCGAGGAAAUAGUUGCAAGUGGGGAUAACAAUCCACACUCCACUACUGCUCAAGUACUUUUCCCGCAAUUAACCUCUCCGAUGUUCCAUGAUAUGCCACAACUCAAGAGUUUCUGCCCCAAUUUGCCUACUUUGAACUGGCCAUUCAUGAAGGAAUUUCGAGUGACACAUUGUGACAAACCGAACAUGUUUCCUUCGGUGGCAACCAUGAACAAGUGGCCUCAGAGCGAUGAUCAUCAAGACAUUUCAAACCAAGAAACACACUCUUCAUUUGAGAAGUUUGACAACAUUAUUUCCAGCCAAGAUAUCCUCUCAGAAUUUGACGGAGCUAGUGGUGAUGAAUUCCUCCGGAUUGGUACAUCUAGGGACAGCUUCAACGAUCGCAAGUUUGGUGCAUCUAACCGAGAUGACGGUAAUAGGAUGUGA